CCCGCAGCGAGCAGCGGCCGAGCGAGCGCGCCGGUCCGGUCCGGUCCGCGAUGCUGCCGUGGACGGCGCUCGGCCUGGCCCUGAGCCUGCAGCUGGCGCUGGCGCGGAGCGGUGCGGAGCGUGUGGCCUCCCAGGGGGACCUGCUCUUCCUGCUGGACAGCUCGGCCAGCGUGUCACACUACGAGUUCUCCCGCGUCCGCGACUUCGUGGGGCAGCUGGCCGCGUCCCUGCCCGUGGGUCCCCAGGCCGUGCGCGCCAGCCUGGUGCACGUGGGCAGCCAGCCGCACGCCGAGUUCCCCUUCGACCAGUACGGCUCGGCUGCGGCCGUGCGGGACGGGGUGCUGGCCGCGGCCCAGCGCAUGGGUGACACCCGCACCGGCCUGGCGCUGGCCUACGCCAAGGAGCAGUUGUUCUCCGAGGCGGCGGGGGCCCGGCCGGGGGUGUCCAAGGCGCUGGUGUGGGUGACCGACGGGUUCUCGAGCGACCCCGUGGGACCGCCCAUGCAGGAGCUCAAGGACCUGGGCGUCGCCGUCUUCAUCAUCAGCACCGGCCGGGGCAACCGGCUGGAACUGCUGGAGGCUGCCUCGGCCCCUUCCGACUCGCACCUGCACUUCGUGGACGUGGACGACCUGCCCAUCAUCACCCAGCGGCUCCAAGGCGCCAUCCUUGACGCUCUGCAGCCUCGGCAGCUCCGGGCGUCUGACAUCACGUCCAGCGGCUUCGUCUUGGCCUGGCCGCCCCUGCUGGAGGCAGACUCGGGGUUCUAUGUGCUGGAGGUGGUGCCCAGCGGGCAGCCGGUGUCCCCACUGCGCCAGCAGCUUCCAGGAAACGCCACCAACUGGGCCUGGACCGGCCUGGAACCCGACACGGACUACGAGGUGGCACUGCUGCCCGAAUCCAACGAGCAGUUUGUGGCACCACAGCGUUUGCGGGUGCGAACGCUGCCACCCCCGGAGGAGGCUGGGCCAGAGCGCAUCGUCUUCUCGCACACACGACCACGGAGCCUGCGGGUGAGCUGGGCCCCAGCUCUGGGCCCGGCCUCGGUGCUAGGCUACCACGUGCAAUUCGGGCCGGUGCGUGGUGGGGCAGCCCAGUCGGUGGAGGUGCCUGCGGGCCAGAACAGCACCACGCUGCAGGGCCUGUCACCCAGCACCACCUACCUGGUGACAGUGACCGCGUCCUUGCGCUCCGGCCGCGAACCAGCGCUCUCUGCCAAGGUGUGCACGCCCGAGGGCCAGCGCAGCCGAGCACCACGCCCACUGGCACCUGCAGCCUGAGCCCACGAGCCCUGAGCUGUGGCUCCAUCCAGAACCUGGUGCGCGUCCACGGCGGAAUUCAGCUCGGUGUGGGAAUUGGUCACUUUUGCCUGACG